ACUUUCACUUUCGCCCCAAGAUGGUGCCUUAAAAGUCAAGCACAUUAUGUCUAAGAACCAACUUCCAUCCCUACAUGCCACUCACAAAUGCCAUUAUAAAUAAUUUACACACCAGUCAUUUUCUUAGUCAUUCUUUCGAUUACACCACUAACACAACCAUCGUUGUUGCCACCACGCAUGGCACAAAUGGCAUCAAAAAGCCUAACCUCAGCCGCCAUUCUCCUCCUCCUCCUCCUCGAUUGGUCAGCCACGCCCACUGUAGCAAGAGUUCGGAACCGCCACCGCCCGUGCAAGAGAAUGGUGUUCUACUUCCACGACAUACUCUACAACGAGCACAACGCCAAGAAUGCAACGGCUGCCAUCGUUGGAGCUCCCGCGUGGGGCAACACCACAAUCUUGGCUGGCCAAAAUCACUUUGGGAACGUGGUCGUUUUCGACGAUCCCAUCACGUUGGACAACAAUCUGCAUUCGCCUGCGGUGGGGCGGGCCCAAGGAUUCUAUCUAUAUGACAAGAAAGAUGUAUUCACUGCAUGGCUAGGGUUUUCGUUUGUGUUCAACUCCAGCGAGCACAAGGGCUCCAUCAAUUUUGCUGGGGCGGAUCCAUUGAUGAACAAGACUCGGGAGAUUUCGGUGAUUGGCGGGACAGGUGAGUUUUUCAUGGCGAGAGGGGUGGCCACUCUGAUGACUGAUGCCUUCGAGGGAGAGGUUUACUUCAGGCUUCGGGCUGAUAUUAGGCUAUAUGAGUGUUGGUAAAGAGUGCAAAAUGAUAUUUUCUAAUUCCCAAGCUAUUUUCCUUUGGAUUUCAGCUUUCUCUGUCUAUGUUUUCUUACCAAUUAUGAGAAAGUCCUUUAAUUAAUUACAAAAGAAUUUAAGCGAAAGAACUUUGUCAUUUGAUAUAAAUGUGGAAUUUCUAGACCCAAUUGUAGGUGCCGAAACGAGGCCCGGCCCGUACAUAUGAAGUCAUCAUUGCUUCUAAUA